UUCAGUGCAUUUUCGAGUGUGGCAGGCACCACUUAAGAGUAAAUAUGUGAAAGGUCUCAGAUUAUGAGCAGACAUUAGGCGUAAAACGCUGUGCAGAACUUCACAUUACAGAAGAACUCCUGGAGGAUUCUUAAGAGCGAAAAGCACCCUUCUCCCGGAGACUGAAAUAUGCUUCAAAGGUAGUGACUGAGAAAUUGCUGAUUCUCAGCACUUUCAGCUUUGAUGAAUUUGCUCGAUUUACAGAACAGAUUUUUUUUCUUUCCUUCAUGUCCAUGGCCAGAGAGCAUAAAGUAAACGACAGCUUGUCAUUCACCUCGCAGCUUUGGGAAUCACACAACAUUUAGCAGCUAAAAUCAUUCGCUUUCCCUCACGUCUGUGCAUGUUUUUUAAUGCUGGAAAGCAACAUAAUGUAUUGCGACUUCUUGAAGGUGAAAAAAACACUGUUCUGGGAAAUAUUACCAAUUGACACUAAGUUCUGCAGACCAGAGAAUAUAUAAAGCAACCUAUAACUAUGUUCAUGCCGGGCCGAGAGCUUCAUGAUAGCGCACAAUCUAAAUGCACCACAUCUGUCCAAGCCUCUCAAUUCGAUCCCACAAACCCUCCCGGGUCUUCAAGCAAACCAAAGCAAGGUGGAUUCAGGAAGAUCCGUUCCACUGGAGAACCUGUCCCAUGUCCGAUCCCAGGACUGCCAUCUGAGGUGCUGGAAAUGCGCGUGAAGGAAGGGAGCAAGAUCAGGAACCUUCUGGGUUUUGCCAUGUCUCGAAUUCAAGGAGACGGACACGCGGCUCCAGCCUCACAGGUCGUGUUCAGCGGGACGGGACGAGCCGUGACCAAAACCAUCACCUGUGCAGAGAUAAUGAAGCGCAAGGUGCGGGGUUUACACCAGCUGUCAAAGCUCCAAUACAGGACAGUGACUGAGGUGUGGGAGAGCCAGGAGAGCGGCCCGCUUCAGAUGACCGUACACAGAACUCUUCCCUCCAUUUGUAUUCUUCUGUCCAAAGAGCCGCUGGACCCGCAAGAGCCGGGAUACCAGCCUCCAGACGAAAUAAACGCUCGCUCAGAGGAACGAAGAUGGCCGGAGGGACAGAAGGGGACUGGGAAGACGGAAAAAAGAGAAGCGAGUCCUGGUUCUCGUGAUCUUCCCAGUCUUAAGAGAGCUGCUCUGGGACAGGACAAAAGUCCAGCACUGGAACCAGUGGAAAAAUGUUACUAUAAAAGGGAGGAAGAAGUAAUAUAAAUGUUUGUGUUUGUGUGUAUGUGUGUUUAUAACUUACUUAACUGUUGUACGUUUUGGCCAUAUCAGGAUACAAUAAAUGCGAAUGUAUAAUCUGAGUGAUAAAA